CUUUAUUUAUUUUGAAAAGAAGUUUGUUUAUGCUAACCGAUCGCUUAUUUGAUCGCCUUCAUGGAAAUGUUUGAAAACUUUCCGACUACUUUAAAUUAGCGUUUAAAAAUAUCAAAAAUUCUACUUAAUUUUGACGUUUACUUUUUGACUCAAACGUCAUUAAAAUAAGAUAAUACCAAUAUAAAUUAAACGAAAUGAUUUUGUUUUAACAAUUCAACCGAAAUUUUGUUAAAACGUUAUAUAUCAUUUUUAAGCCACAAAACAGUUUGAAUUCUACCCAAAACUCAAAAUUAAUUAAUGACAAAUUUAAAUUUAAUUUGACAUAUUUUAAAGUACCAUUUUUGACUAAUAGAUGGCAUAACCUUUAAAAUCAAACUCGCGUGUUUUAAUGUCAAUUUAAUUUUUUUGAGGUUAUGUAUUUACCUUAAAAUCAAAAUAGUAUUUGAAGCGAUUUAUAUUUUAAGAUCAUGUCAAGUGGAGGUGUUUGUAAAAUAAAACCAGAAUUUGUGAUACGGGAACAUCCCAAAGAAGUUGCAGAAGAAUGUGUAUCAAUCCCUACAUCUAAUAAUGAAGCGGAAGAACCCAGUGCAAAGCGUAAAAAAUUAUCGAAAUAUGAAAAAAAGAAAUUAAAAGGGCAAAAUAAAUCAAGGCCUGCGUUUCGUUGCGAUAAAUCUUUAGAAUUAUGUAGCACACUUAUGAAUCUUCUUGACGGAGAAAAUAUUCCUGCAUGCCCAAGAAAAAAUUGUCCGACCUUACAUGAUAUUGAUGAAUACUUGGAGAAAAAACCACAAGAUAUAAAUGAAACAUGUUAUAACUUUGAAAUCCAAGGUGAAUGUAGCCGAGGUUUAGGCUGUAGAUUUGGGAAACAACACAUAAUUAAUGGAAGAAAUAUAAUUAAUACUCCUAAAAAGUUAGAAUGGCAAGAAACUGGAUUGAAAACAAUAAAUCAACUUAAAAAUGACGUUCAACAAGCAUUGCGUAAAAGAACCUACAAUUUCGAGAUAGCUCAAUCAAUUGUUGAGUAUAACAACAAUAAAUAUCGUCAAGAAAGUAAUGAAAGAAACGAUCAAAAAGUUCAAACGUUAGGCGCAGUUACCGACGAAGACAUCAUUGCCCUUCUUAAACGAGAAAAGAAAAAAAUUGAUUUUAAAAAUAAAUUGGUUCUUAGCCCAUUAACAACAGUGGGAAAUCUUCCGUUUAGACGUAUCUGUAAAGAAUAUGGUGCUGAUGUUACUUGCGGAGAAAUGGCUAUGUGUUCGGCUCUUUUACAAGGAGCUCCUCAAGAAUGGGCGUUGGUUAAGCGACAUCAAAGCGAAAAUAUUUUUGGGGUUCAAUUAUGCGCCAAUAAUCCAUAUUUAUUCGCAAAAUGUGGCCAAUUAUUAGAAAAAGAAAUCGAAGUCGACUAUAUUGAUGUUAAUUUAGGUUGUCCGAUUGACUUGGUUUACAGAGAAGGUGCUGGUUGUGGAUUAUUACGUAGACCCAAAGUUUUAGAAACAUGUAUUAGAAGCUUAUGUGAUGUUUUAACAAUUCCUGUUACAGUUAAAACUCGAAUGGGAAUUUAUAAUAGUGAAAAUAUAGCUCAUAAUUUAGUUCCUAAAUUUCAAAGUUGGGGUGCAGCUGCAGUAACAAUUCAUGGACGAACCAAAGAACAACGUUACACAAAACAAUCCGAUUGGAAUUACAUAGAGGAAUGUGCUAAAUCUUCACCAGAGUUUCCAAUAAUUGGAAAUGGUGAUAUUUUGUGUUACAAAGAUUACAAAAACGCAUUCAUAACGAGCCCCAGUAUAUCCGCUGUCAUGAUAGGACGUGGUGCUUUAAUAAAACCGUGGAUUUUCCAAGAAAUUAAGGAACAAAAACUUUUUGAUAUUUCUAGUUCAGAGCGAUUUGAAGUUAUUAAAAAAUACGUAAAUUAUGGAUUGGAACAUUGGGGUUCAGAUAAUAAAGGCGUUGAAACAACGAGGAGAUUUUUACUUGAAUGGUUAUCAUUUUUGUAUCGUUAUAUUCCCACUGGAUUGUUGGAAUGUCCUCCUCAAAAAAUUAAUGAGAGGCCACCAUAUUUUAAGGGAAGAGAUGAUUUAGAAACUUUGAUGGUGUCACCUUCCGCUUCUGAUUGGAUUAAAAUCAGUGAAAUGUUACUUGGGAAAGUUCCGGAAGGAUUUCAAUUUUUACCAAAACACAAAGCUAAUUCGUAUAAAUAAAAGAUAUAUUCUAAUUUUACUAACAUUA